AUGAUUAAACAAGAUACCCAAGAAGAGUUGCUAAUUACGGCAGCAGAACUAACAACAGUUUAUAAAGUUGUAAAACAUCAUCAGUCUUUCAGUUCACUUGAUUGUAUCGUAAAACUGAAUGCCAUGUUGUAUUCCGAUUCUAAAAUCGCAGCAAAACAAUCCACAGCCAGAACGAAGGCUACAGCAAUUGUUAAAAAUAUUCUCGCACCACAUUCUGUGUCAGAAAUAAAAAAAAAAUUGCAAGAAGUUUCAUAUUACGGAAUAGGCACUGAUGCGUCCAACUACAAAGCUCAAAAAAUGUUUCCUUUGAUUAUUCAAUAUUUCACUGAACAAGAUGGUAUCCAACAUAAGCUAUUGAAGUUUGAUUCUUUAAAAAAUGAAACGUCGGAAACUAUCUCCAAAUAUUGUAUCGACACUUUAAGACAAUUGCAGAUUCCAUUGGAUAAGCUAAUUGCUUUUUGUGGGGACAACACCAACACCAACUUCGGAGGGCUUCAACGACGUGGUCAAUGCAAUGUUUUUCAUAAAAUAAAAGAAGACCUGGGAAGACCUAUAGAAGGUAUUGGAUGUCCAGCCCAUAUUCGGCACAAUACUAUAUCAAGCGCUUCUGGAAUAUUAUCAGUAGAUGUCGAAGUUAUUGUUCUUAAAAUAUUUAAUUAUUUUGCAAUAUACACGGUUAGGACAGAGAAACUGAAAGAGUUCUGUUCAUUUGUUGAUAUUAAUUAUCAAACUCUUUUGUCACAUUCACGAACAAGAUGGCUGUAA